AUGGACACACAAGCAGGAAUAUCUCAGAAGGACAUCUAAUGCUAUCCCUGGAUUCUGAAAUAACAGAUAAUGACAGUAGACAGGAUUCUCCAGGAGAUAACUCCAUUACCCCAAUUAUACAUCCAGCUCUAUCAGCUGAUCCCUCUGAUCCUGGGAAAUGUUCUCCUGAUCACUCUGAUAUUGGUGCAUCUGUUACAGCUCUGAGAGUAGAUACAGAGUUUCCCUGUUCUGUAGAUGCCAAAUGUUUUACACAGAACACAAAGCUUAUUACCCAUCAUCCAGCUAAGGCAGGUGAGAGGCCACUGAUAUGUUCUGAGUGUGGGAAAUGUUUUGCAUUUAAAUCAGUUCUUGUUACACAUCAGAGAAGUCACACAGGUGAGAAGCCGUUUUCCUGUUCUGAGUGUGGGAAAUGUUUUACACAGAAAUCAGCUCUUGUUACACAUCAGAGAAGUCACACAGGUGAGAAGCCGUAUUCCUGUUCUGAGUGUGGGAAAUGUUUUGCAUGCAACUCAAAUCUUGUUAGACAUCAGAGAAGUCACACAGGUGAGAAGCCGUUUUCCUGUUCCGAGUGUAGGAAAUGUUUUACAUUCAAAUCACAUUUUGUUAUUCAUCAACAUACUCGCACAGGUGAGAAGCCGUAUUCCUGUUCUGAGUGUAGGAAAUGUUUUGCAGGGAAAUCAGAUCUUGUUACACAUCAGAGAAGUCACUCAGGUGAGAAGCCGUUUUCCUGUUCUGAUUGUGGGAAAUGUUUUACACAGAAUUCAGCUCUUGCUACACAUCAGAGAAGUCACACAGGUGAGAAGCCGUUUUCCUGUUCUGAGUGUGGGAAAUGUUUUACACAGAAAUCAGCUCUUGUUACACAUCAGAGAAGUCACACAGGUGAGAAGCCGUAUUCCUGUUCUGAGUGUAGGAAAUGUUUUGCACGGAAAUCAGAUCUUGUUAUACAUCAGAGAAGUCACUCAAAUGAGAAGCCGUUUUCCUGUUCUGAGUGUAGGAAAUGUUUUCCACGGAAAUCAGAUCUUGUUGCACAUCAGAGAAGUCACACAGGUGAGAAGCCAUUUCCAUGUUCUGAGUGUGGGAAAUGUUUCACAUUUAAAUCAGUUCUUGUUAGACAUCAGAGAAGUCACACAGGUGAGAAGCCGUUUUCCUGUUCUGAGUGUGGGAAAUGUUUUACACAGAAAUCAGCUCUUGUUACACAUCAGAGAAGUCACACAGGUGAGAAGCCAUUUUCCUGUUCUGAGUGUGGGAAAUGUUUUGCAUGCAACUCAAAUCUUGCUACACAUCAGAGAAGUCACACAGGUGAGAAGCCGUUUUCCUGUUCUGAGUGUGGGAAAUGUUUUGCAUGGAAAUCAGUUCUUGUUACACAUCAGAGAAGUCACACAGGUGAGAGGCCAUUUCCAUGUUCUGAGUGUGGGAAAUGUUUUACACAGAAAUCGGCUCUUGUUACACAUCAGAGAAGUCACACAGGUGAGAAGCCGUACUCCUGUUCUGAGUGUGGGAAAUGUUUUGCAUUCAAAUCAUAUUUUGUUAUUCAUCAGCAUACUCACACAGGUGAGAAUACGUAUUCCUGUUCUGAGCGUAGGAAAUGUUUUCCACGGAAAUCAGAUCUUGUUGCACAUCAGAGAAGUCACACAGGUGAGAAGCCAUUUCCAUGUUCUGAGUGUGGGAAAUGUUUUACACAGAAAUCGGCUCUUGUUACACAUCAGAGAAGUCACACAGGUGAGAAGCCGUACUCCUGUUCUGAGUGUGGGAAAUGUUUUGCAUGGAAAUCAGUUCUUGUUACACAUCAGAGGAGUCACACAGGUGAAAAGCCAUUUUCAUGCUGUGAGAGAAAUAAAUCCGCUCUUGUUGAACAUAUUAGACAUUACCCAAAUACGGAACCAUUUACAUCUUCUGGAGUAUAAUUAUCACUGUCAUGCAAUGUUCCUCAAGGGUCAACCUUAUC